AUGCUGAUGAAGCGCUCUUGUCGGUCCGUUAUCUUCCGUUAUGCCAUCAAGGUCCUCGCCGUGGACGUGGACGAGGAGGCGCGCACAAGCCAGGGCACCAACACGCGUCUGCCUGCCAACUGCCAAUGGGCCGCAAUGACCGAUGGGGAAUCCCGUCAAGCCUUCGUCAUACAACGGUCACCACAUAUCAGCAAGCGGUGGUCUGGUCUCUGCUCGGCGCCCUUCUACGACUGCGUGCGCGACGCGCUGGUUCCCAAGCCCCUUGGGGGUGCCUGUUUGGGGAGGCGUGUUUUGUCUGGGGCGGAACGGUGGCCCGCUUGA